AGCUAAUCGAACACAAACGCACGAAUACAGACACGCUCUCCUGCUAUACCCAAGGCGCGCCUGGCACGGAGACCCUGCUCCAAGUGUGCACACGGACGGACGGACACACACACACGCACACACACACGCCAGCCUGCGGGUUGACCAGACCCUUGAAGUCGCAGAUUCCAAGACGAAAUCUCCAGAGCGUUGGAAUAAGUGCUGUUCCUCCACUCCACCCUACACUAAUUACUACUUCCCCAGGCACUUUGGUGAAGAAAUGAAUCCCGCCCAGGUCGCCUGUACAUCCAGAUCUCGGUUCUAUUUUGGUCUCCAGACUCAUCUUCCUGAAAACCAGAUCAAGGGAGAAAGCGAGCCGGCGGCUGGCUUUGGACUCUAAGCGGUGCGCAGCUGGCACCCGGGCCAGUCGAACCGGAACCCGCGAGCGAAGGGCUCCUGGUCCUGCCAGUCUCCACCAAAUCGCAGCCAGGAGUGGCAAGUGAAGCUAAAUCAGAGGCAGGUUUAAAUGUUUAUUUGACUACUUGACUACUGGCACAAAAUGAAUAACUCAACAAACUCCUCUAAUAAUGGCUUGGCUAUUACCAGUCCAUAUAAGACAUUUGAAGUGGUAUUUAUUGUCCUUGUGGCUGGAUCCCUCAGUUUGGUGACCAUUAUUGGGAACAUCCUGGUCAUGGUUUCCAUUAAAGUCAACCGCCACCUCCAGACAGUCAACAACUACUUCUUGUUCAGCCUGGCCUGUGCUGACCUCAUCAUUGGUGUUUUCUCCAUGAACUUGUACACCCUCUACACUGUGAUAGGUUACUGGCCUUUGGGACCUGUGGUAUGUGACCUUUGGCUAGCCUUGGACUAUGUGGUCAGCAAUGCCUCUGUUAUGAAUCUGCUCAUCAUCAGCUUUGACAGGUACUUCUGUGUCACAAAACCUCUGACCUACCCUGUUAAGCGGACCACGAAAAUGGCAGGCAUGAUGAUUGCAGCUGCCUGGGUCCUCUCCUUUAUUCUCUGGGCUCCAGCCAUUCUUUUCUGGCAGUUCAUAGUAGGGGUGAGAACUGUGGAGGAUGGGGAAUGCUACAUUCAAUUUUUUUCCAAUGCUGCUGUCACCUUUGGUACUGCAAUUGCAGCCUUCUAUCUGCCUGUGAUCAUCAUGACUGUGCUGUACUGGCAUAUAUCCCGAGCCAGCAAGAGCAGGAUAAAGAAGGAAAAAAAGGAGCCUGUGGCCAACCAAGAGCCAGUGUCACCAAGUCUGGUGCAAGGAAGAAUAGUGAAGCCCAACAACAACAAUAUGCCUACCAAUGACGGCGGCCUGGAACACAACAAAAUCCAGAAUGGCAAGACUCCAAGGGAUGCUGUGACAGAAAACUGUGUCCAGGGUGAAGAGAAAGAGAGCUCCAAUGAUUCCACCUCAGUCAGUGCUGUUGCCUCCAAUAUGAGAGAUGAUGAAAUCACCCAGGAUGAAAACACAGUUUCUACUUCCCUGGGUCAUUCAAAAGAUGAGAACUCUAAGCAGACAUGCAUCAAAAUUGUCACCAAGACCCCAAAAGGUGACUCAUGCACCCCAACAAAUACCACCGUGGAGCUAGUAGGGUCAUCAGGUCAGAAUGGAGAUGAAAAACAGAACAUUGUAGCCCGCAAGAUUGUGAAGAUGACCAAGCAGCCUGCAAAAAAGAAGCCUCCUCCUUCUCGGGAAAAAAAAGUAACCAGGACAAUCCUGGCUAUUCUGUUGGCUUUCAUCAUCACCUGGGCCCCAUACAAUGUCAUGGUGCUCAUCAACACCUUCUGUGCACCCUGCAUCCCUAACACAGUGUGGACAAUUGGUUACUGGCUCUGCUACAUCAACAGCACCAUCAACCCUGCCUGCUAUGCACUAUGUAAUGCCACCUUCAAGAAGACCUUUAAACACCUUCUCAUGUGUCAUUACAAGAACAUAGGUGCUACAAGGUAAAGCAUCUUUGAAAAGAAGGGAGGUGGUCCAGUGGAGCUUGGGAAGAAUAAAAAGGAUAAAAGAGCUACUAGUUUUAAAAUCUCUGCCACUGCACUUUACAGUUUUACUAUGGAAUGUGCAAUUAAGGAGCUCAACCAUGACAUCUUAGUAUGUCCAUGCUCCAGUUUGAACAAACUUGCACCUUAUAAAUGCUGUCAGCUUAGAAGCAAUGAGACAAUGACAUAGACCUGUCUGAAUUGUGAAUUUAAGGAACAAUCAAUGCUGUCUUAAACUGUUGAAGAAGGGCUUCUGAAUCUACAAUUUUAUCAGUUUCUGCACAAGAAGAAUAACUUGUUCCUUUAUUGUUUCUUUUUAUUUUCUCAUGUGUCUGUAUGAGGAUGAAAUGCCAUAGCUACAAGCUAACAUGGAGACUUAAACAUAAUGGAAUAAACACUAUACAAUGGGAAAAUGAAGGAAAAAAAUCAAAAAGGAUAUAGAAAAUGUCUCCAGAGCAUUAAAUUGGGUUCUAUUCUUGGUAUGAUCUUAUUCAGAGGAUUGUAAUGUAAUCAAUGCUUAUUUUUUGCCUUUCCCUUUUCUUAUCAUGAUAACCAAGUAAUCAACAAAAAAAAAACCAACUAGGUUACACUACUAUUAUUUUUCUAGUUAAGGCAUUCGUUUUUGUACUUCCCUGUUUUAUAUUGUAAAUGGGUGAUACCUAUAGGACUUUCACUAAAUCCAGCCAGAGACAGCCAUGAAAAUAGGCAUUUCACC